ACAUUUGAGACGAAUAGGCACGUUUAGACCCGUAUAAAUAGAACAGGACUAGACGUGAUCGUUGCUAAAAGACGGUGUACCACUUGACAUGGCCAAGGUUCUGCUGAUUAUGCUGCUUUCUGCAGCGACCGCGAUUGCAUACCGAAUUGUCCGGUCUCCAGGUGGUACCGGCUGGCAGCCAAAUUAUGACGGCCUACCUUACGCUGGUAUGGAGCGGUCCUAUGGCGGCAGUUGGGGUGGACCUAGCCUCAUUCGAUCAGUCAGGAAUGGAUGGGGCGGUAAUACCGGCGGACUCAGCGCUCGGAGCCGAAUGAACGGCUACGGGCAUAUGAGGUCUCCAAACAACGGGUGGACACAAAAUGGAUAUGGUUCAAACAAAGCGUAUAGUGGUACCUUUACAAGAUCAAAUCCUGAGUCAAGAUCCUCAGACUCCACAGUUAUUGAUAGCAUCGAUUCCUUUGCUUGGGACGGAUCAGGAUUCUAUUCAAAUUAUUUUCAAACUAAGGGAUGGUAGAUGUCAAAUUUUUACUUACCUAAGUGGUUUUCAAAGACGAUUAAUAAAGCUUUUCUGUUGCUGAUAUUCUUUAAAUAAAUGUUGUUUUAAUGCA